CGUGACACACACGAGGAAAGCAACCAGGAAGUGAGACGCGGGCAGACAGUUAAUUCACAGCGGAGCAGUUAUUGAGAUGGCGACCGCUAAGAAACUAACAGACCACCACCUCACCUGUGUUAUCUGUACUGAGGUGUUCACAGACCCAGCCACACUUCAGUGUAAUCAUACAUUCUGUAAGUCCUGUCUGCUGAAAUACACCAAGACACAGCCGGAAGCAGUACAAGCCAAGUCCAUCCCAUGUCCCUCCUGUAGACAACUAACGAAGGUGACCACCCCUGACAGUCCAGUAGAGGAGUGGGUCAGUCAGCUGAAACCAAGCCACGUCAUACAGGGACUGAUGGACGACUUUGGACCAGGGGCAGAAGCUGCCGAUGCAAAUGUCUGCAGUGUUUGCAAAACACAAGGGAAGACAAGUCCUGCCACAUCAUGGUGCUCCGUCUGUGACGAGGUCUUCUGUGAUGGAUGUCUGAAGAUGCACAACAUCAUGCCAAUGUCACGUGACCAUGAAGUUGUGGAUGUGUUUGAUGCUACCAAGAGAAAAGCUAGGCAUCGCUUUAUGUGUAAAACACACAAAGACAAACAGAUAGAGUUGUUCUGUAAAGAUUGUAAGAUGGCCAUUUGUCAUACAUGCUGCAGUAUAAAACACAGGAAAUGUGACGAUGUUGAUACCUUAGAUAAUAUGACUCCUCUUGUUAGAGAACACCUGUCAAAUCAAAACCAAGAACUGAAAAUCAAAAUGACAACUUCAGAAAAUAUAACCAUCUUAAGGAAAUCUCAAAUCAAAGAAAUUCAGACAAAUGCGCAAAAUAUUAAAGAUGAAAUCAGAAAUAUACGUCAGAGAGUAGUAGAAGUGAUUUUGAGCAAGGAAAAACAACUCUUUGAUCAAGUCGACCGAUCUUCCGAUGAACAAUUACAUGCAUUACAAGCAGAAAUAAAAUCCCAGGAGAUCGAGCUACAGAUGUACCAGCAGCAGUAUGAGUUCACAGCCAAUGCUGUGACGUCCAACUGUGAGCGGGACAUGUAUGCUGUCUAUGAGUCGGUGGGUGAGGCGUCUACAGACAACAGAGACACGGGCAACAGACCAGCGCAAGAAAGGGUUGUAUUCACACACGACACGGACAACAGACCAGCGCCAGAAAGGGUUGUAUUCACACACGACACGGACAAUAGACCAGCGCCAGGAAGGGUUGUAUUCACACACGACAUGGACAAGCUGAGUAAAGCAGUCGAUGACCUACAGCUGGGGGAGGUUGCAGUUGUCCGUGGUGUGAGUGACCGCCAGUCUACCCCUGUUCUACAUAACACUUUUGACUGUGUGGCGGACGGGGAUAAGAAGGAUACUGAUUUGUUUGACCUCACAGUGUUGACUGUUGAUGGUUUAACUGUAACAGUAGUUGCAGAUUACUUUAACAGUAGCCUCAAAACAUAUCACACAUCAGACCUAAACACGCUUGGCAAUCUACUGCUUUCUAAUGGGCCUUGGCAAGUAGCAAAGUUAAGUGAGAGUCAGGUAGCUGUCAGUGUUCCAUUGAGUAAGGAAAUAGUUACAGUGAAUGUUACCCCAGAUCCCGUAUUGCUGUCAACAAUCAAGACAAGCAAGACGUACUACGCUCUGUCCUCUCUGAGUCCUUCACAGCUGGCGGCGAGUACAUAUUACCAGCCUCACUCUGUGGACAUACUGGACAUGAGAGGGAGGAUACUGAAGUCUAUCAACACAGGUGUCUUAAGGAAUCCAGACUAUAUCCAUGUCACCAGUAAUAACAACUUAAUAGUCAGUGAAAGACGAGUUAACUCCCUUGUAUGUGUGACCAGUGAAGGAGUCGCUGUUUUCACCUACACUCCCGCAGCAGUCAGAGCUCUGACAUGUCCUUGGGGUAUCACAACAACCAGCACACGAGAUAUCCUGCUUGUAGACUAUAACUCCCACAAGGUGAUUCAGCUGACAGAGUCGGGGCAGUAUGUCAGAGAUGUACUCACACAUCAGGAUGGUCUGAAAUAUCCCCGUGGUAUCUGUCUUGAUGGGGACGGGUUUCUGUAUGUUACAUGUGGCCGAUGUGUCCGCGUAUUUAAAUUUAAAAACUGUGAAGUGAGACAUGUCUACAUAUGUACAUAGUUAAGACCAUGAGACAAUUCCUCCUUUACGGCAAUUUCCGAUCUUGUUCAUUGCUUUCAACAGUAAUUCACAUAGUUAAGAUAUUACAUCCACUAUUGGAACGGAAUGUCACAGAGAGAAGGCCUAUCUCAUGGCAGUACCUGAGUCCGCUCACCUAAAACAGGUGAUGUUAUUUACUGUUGUAUAGUAUAUGUUUGAGGUGUGUAGUUGGUCAGUCCCCUGGCUUCUUAAAAUAUUUAAUCUUGAUUGAAUCCCUUCGUGUGUGCUGAUACAUGUGUUAGUCGUUGCUCUAAUGUUUUAUUUGACCUUCUCGUCAGUAAUGUCGAGCAAUUCAUAACGUAAGCGUAGUACCAGGAAACUGUGAUGUUUAUGUUUGAUCACAUGAAAUAUAUAAUACUUAACAAUACUAUGUCUACUACAGCAACUUGUCACGGUUCCCUGAGAGUUUGAAAUUAUUUUCUUACCGCUUUCGAAUCGUCAUAGGGGAGUUAAUAAGUAGCGGAUGCCUUCAGAACUGUUGAAGUACUAUUAAGUUCGAUCACUAUUAUCGACAGAUUCUAAAUAAUAUGACGGACGCGCUAGUGAUUGAAGUGGCCGUAAAAGAUCACAAUACCAACACUGAUCAACCAUAAAAAAUUCCAGCAGGGAAAACAUGUUACAUUACUUUUCUAAAAGUUUCCGCGCCGUUUCAGUUUGAUUUAUGUUCAAGGUAGACGGAGCUUUAUAGCAUUAUAGGCAAUACACGUAGUAAAACCAUAUAUUGAUAAGGGGUUGCCGAGAUAUGUACUGCCGAUAUUUUCAAACAAUUCAGUUACAAAAUUAGUUAAUAGAAUACAUCACUGAACAUCUUUAAACUUAUUAUUGCACUUUUGAGCUAAGGAACGUUACUGAGGAAUUACACAUUGUGACACUUGGUCUGUGAGUUCUCUAUCGCAGUCAUUAAAGUCCACGUCGUGUCCCACUUUGGGCUUUCUUCCCAUAAAGCUGACACAUGGUGACAUAACCGAAAUACUCUUCAAAGUAGCGUUCUACUCUUCAAAGUAGCUUUAACACUCAACCUAGUAUGCAAUUUAUUAACAUUGCAAAGUUUUCACAAUGUUUCGACAUGUUGGUAAACAGUUGUCAGGAUUCCUAUUUGUCUAGAUCCUUGUCUCAGUAACAGGUACAACUCCUAAUACUACAGCAACUAAACAUAUAUCUUCUCAA